AUGUCUUCAAAAUCCAAGGAUACGGCUGGUGGCUUUCACCAAGACUACAUCGCGUCUCUCCGCUAUCGCAAUGACCUCCCUCCCCCGGACAUGCCCCCCAAAUUCCUCGACAUCCCACACGAGGGCUUGAGCCGCUUUCUCACUCCCGGAUUUGCAUCAAACUUGGCUCGUCGAGAAGAGCCCAACAUUGAUGUCGACGCUGAAGGUGGAAUGCCAAUUGACCUUGUCGGUAUUCCGGGAUUACAUUUGGGCGACGAGAGUGCUAUCAUGGCUCCUGAAAACCCGCAGCCCUUGGACCCCGCUGAUCUUCCCCUUCUCUUGACUAUCGACCAACUCCGCAACCCUGCCCCCAGGAACACCAAUGUCAGCUUCCUCCGUCGUACACAGCACAUUGGUGUCGACCGCAGUGCUGGAGAUGGAUCCCGCGCCGCACCCAUCAAAACACAAACACGCACCCCGAAGAAAGGAAAGCCCCACGUGGAUGACCCGAAGCAUGUUAAGAAGUUCAUCCAAAAAGGAUUCGAUAUCGCCUACCCGCAAAGCAAGCACGCUGGAGAAGACACAGAUAGUCACAUUCGAGGUCUUCCCGCGACAAAGGCAGAACUUGACGCCUGGGCCAAUCCUGUUCACCCUGAAAACCCGAAGUUGAAGCCAGUCGGUUUCUUCCCUAUCAUGCCCGAUCUCGAAGGCUUCCCAGACCCAGGUGGUUAUCUUCAAUUCAAGUUCGAUAAGGCGCCUUUGCCGGCCGUUGGGGGCAAGCGAGACAAGCGAAUGGAUGUCGGUAUUCUGACACCAGUCGCGCCUGAACAGCGCGUUUGUCUGGAGCAUUCGGCCAAAGUCGAUCUUCACAAUAAAAACCCUGCUCUCUACCCUCACCCGGGCCCGGUUCCUUAUGAUUACCAACUGUUCCUACCGGAGAAGCACCAGUCCGUCAAGAACAUUGAUACAAGCAUGAACCUGGCGAGCGCAAACCGCGACAGCGAAGACUUGUACGCCAACGAGGGCCCCGAUGGCAACAAAUUCCACCGCUACGAUCGAAUCCGCACUUACGCUACCAGUGCUCAGGUAUUCAACACUGAGCAAAAAGACAUCGCAUUGACACUUUUCGAACCCAAGGGCGACGACACCAGGCAGUUGGCGGCUUACUACUAUCCUAUCUCAGGCAAGGCCCGUCUCAAGCCAGAGCGCGCCCGCACCAUUGCUCAGGCUGGCCUCGCUCCUACUGCGACCCAACAGGAAGAGUCUGAGGAAAGGAUUGAUCAGAUGCAGAUUGUGAUGCGUGAUCCCAACGAGGCCGAAGUCUACAAGCGUGCUUUGACACGUCUACGCGUUGAUCCCAAGUUUGCAAGCAAUAUGCCCCCUGAGCCUGUCCUUCAGGAAGAGGAGCAAGUGGAGAACGAGGAGACGGAUAAGGUGGCCGAUGAGGAUACUCGCAUGAGCGAUGACGAGUAG